AUGUUUCUUACCGAGCAGAAAAGAUACCCUCGCGACCCGAGCAAGUUCCCUACCUCCCAGCUCUUCGUGCUAGCGCUCGUCCGAGUUGCGGAGCCCAUUGCUCUUACUUCCAUCUUUCCGUAUGCUUGGAAGUUGGUUCUCCACUACAAUGUCACCGACGAGAGCAAUGCUGCCUUCUACGCCGGCAUCCUCAUCUCGGCCUUUGCCCUUGCCGAGGCCUUGACUGGCAUGUAUUGGGGCGGUCUCUCCGACCGCAUCGGCCGUAAGCCUGUUUUGCUGCUCGGAUGCGCGGGCACGCUUCUGUCUCUCCUCGUUGUUGGCUUCGCCGGUAACUUCUGGCUCGCCCUGUUCGGACGGGCUCUUGGUGGCAUUUUGAACGGAAACAUCGGCGUCAUCCAGACCAUGGUUGGCGAACUCGUGCACAAGCCGGAGCAUGAGCCUCGCGCAUAUGCAGUAAUGCCCUUCGUGUGGUCUGUUGGAACCAUCGUUGGACCUUCCAUUGGUGGGUACUUUGCGGAGCCUUGCAAGAACUUCCCCUCUCUGUUCCCUCCUGAGAGUAUCUUUGCCAAGUUCCCCUACCUGCUGCCUAACCUCAUCUGCGCGCUGAUGCUCUUUGGAUCCAUCAUUGCCGGAUAUGUCUUCCUUGAAGAGACUCAUCCCGACAUGCAGCCCUGGAGCACCGCCGAGGACCUUGCAGAGACCAGCGCAGAGACUCCUCUCAUGCCUACUGCCGGUGCCACUGCGCACGCAGCUGCAAACCUGGCUACGGAAUCUUACGGCACCUUCGACACCGUAGACGUGCAGCAGGAGCACAGCUGGACCGUCAAGGCAAACGGGCAGCGUGUGGCUUCGCGGUCUCGCCCGCAGAGCGUCUGGAACAAGAACGUCCUCAUGCUCAUCACCGCGCUUGGCCUCUUCACCUACCACAGCAUGGCCUACGACGUCCUGCUCCCCAUCUUCCUCCAAGACCGCCGCUCCAACGGCGUGUCCGCGCUCCUCUCCGCACCCCUCGCCGGCGGCCUGGGUCUGACAAUCCAGCAAGUCGGCUUGAUCCUCAGCAUCAACGGGAUAAUCGCGCUGGUAAUCCAAGCGAUCAUCUUCCCGCUCAUGGCCGCCUGGCUGGGCGUAUGGCGGCUCUUCAUCCUCGUAACGGUCGGGCACCCCCUCGCCUACGUCAUCGUGCCGUACCUGGUGGUGCUCCCGGAAGAAAUCGUCUUCCCGGCCAUCUACGCGGCGCUCGCAAUCCGCAACUUCUUCUCCAUCCUCGCGUACCCGCUGCUGCUGAUCCUGAUCAAGGAGGCGUCGCCCUCGGCGGCGCACCUCGGCAAGAUCAACGGCCUGGCUGCCAGCACGGGCGCGGCGUGCCGCACCGUCGCCUCGCCCCUCUCGGGCCUGCUGUACGGCCUUGGCUCCCGCGAGCACUUUACUGCGCUGCCGUGGUGGGCGAGCGCCCUGGUGGCCCUGCUUGGCACCUUCCAGAUCCCAUUCAUGAAGCGCGAGAAUAAGCGCAAGACCCAGGUGAACCCGGUCGCCAAGUGUAGGCUUAUGCCGAGGGAGGAGAGUGUGAGGAAGAGCGAGGUCGUGCAUAUUGUGGUUGAGGAGACUGAGGUUUGA